UUUGGAUAUCAUUUCAACCAUGAAAGGCCUAAAAACUCUUUAUCAACAGCGUAUGCCUCUCUCCAAAACAACCAUUCGAAAAGAAGCUGCACAGUCAAGCUCGAAAGUGGAGGGAUGAUUUAUUGAUUAUAUGACCUUAAGUCAAUUUCCCACUUACAUAUAAAAGAAAAGAGUGAAACAGAGAACACCCAUUAGUGAAUUAAAGAAGAAGAAAUAAUGGCUAGAAUAAACCAUUCAAUACAAAACACUUUUUCUCUCCUGAACCCUUUAUAUUCAAUCACCUCAAAAUCAAGAACAACAACUACCCAUUUGAAGAAUCGUCUCAAUUUCUCUAAAAAUCUAAUCUUUUCGUCUUCUGCAUCAAGAAAAGCUCAGUUUUGCACUUGCACAAUUAGCAAUAGCAAUAGCAAUAUACACAAUAGUGCUCAAAAUGGUGAAGCAGUUGCAGCAGAAACAUUUGUCCUCACUACUCCUCUUUAUUAUGUGAACGCCCCUCCCCAUAUGGGUAGUGCCUACACCACCAUCGCUGCUGAUGCCAUUGCCCGAUUUCAGAGGCUUUUAGGAAAGAAAGUUAUAUUUGUCACUGGCACAGAUGAGCAUGGAGAGAAGAUUGCUGCUGCUGCAGCUGCCUGUGGCUCCAGCCCAAGUGAGCACUGUGAUGUCAUAUCUCAAGAUUACAGGACUCUUUGGAAAGAUUUGGAAAUUUCUUAUGACAAGUUCAUUAGGACAACUGAUCCAAAGCAUGAAGCAAUUGUCAAGGAAUUUUACUCUAGGGUACUUGCUAAUGGGGACAUUUAUCGUGCUGACUACGAAGGUCUCUACUGUGUCAACUGUGAGGAGUAUAAGGAUGCCAAGGAGCUACUAGAUAACAACUGUUGCCCCAUGCACCUAAAGCCGUGUAUUGAACGAAAAGAGGAUAAUUAUUUCUUUGCCUUGUCAAAGUACCAAAAACUAUUAGAAGAAACUUUGACAGAGAACCCAAAUUUUGUGCAGCCUUCUUUCCGUUUGAACGAGGUGCAAAGCUGGAUCAAAAGUGGCUUGAAAGAUUUUUCCAUUUCUCGAGCAUCAGUGGAUUGGGGCAUUCCAGUUCCUAAUGAUAAUAAGCAGACCAUUUAUGUCUGGUUUGACGCUUUACUGGGUUAUAUAUCAGCUCUAUCAGAGGACAAGGAGCAACCUAAUUUGCAAAAUGCUGUUUCUUCUGGCUGGCCUGCUUCACUACACUUGAUUGGCAAGGAUAUUUUACGUUUUCAUGCAGUCUAUUGGCCAGCUAUGCUAAUGUCUGCUGGUCUAGGCCUUCCUAAGAUGGUGUUUGGGCAUGGAUUCUUGACAAAGGAUGGCCUCAAGAUGGGAAAAUCAUUAGGGAAUACACUUGAACCAAAGGAGCUAGUUCAGAAAUUCGGGGCUGAUGCAGUCAGGUACUUCUUCCUUAGAGAGGUGGAGUUUGGCAAUGAUGGGGAUUACUCAGAAGACCGUUUUAUUAACAUUGUCAAUGCACAUCUUGCCAAUACCAUAGGAAACCUCCUUAAUCGUACUCUUGGACUUCUUAAAAAAAAUUGUCAAUCAACUUUGGUGGUUGACUCAGCUGUUGCGGCUGAAGGAAAUAAAUUCAAGGACACAGUUGAGAAGCUGGUUGACAAAGCUCAGAUUCAUUAUGAAAAUCUUGCAUUGUCGGUGGCUUGUGAGGCUGUUCUAGAGAUUGGUAAUGCUGGGAAUGCCUACAUGGAUGAACGUGCCCCAUGGUCUCUUUUUAAGCAAGGGGGUGCUGCUUCUGAAGCUGCUGCAAAGGAUCUUGUGAUUAUACUGGAAGCAAUGAGGAUCAUAGCCAUUGCUUUAUCCCCUGUCUCACCAAGCUUAUGUUGGAGAAUAUAUGCACAGCUUGGCUACUCAAAGGAUCACUUCAACACUCUGACCUGGAGUGAGACAAAGUGGGGUGGCCUGAAGGGUGGUCAGGUCAUGGCUCAGCCUAAACCAGUCUUUGCAAGAAUUGAGAACAAAACAGAAACAGAAGAUGGUGAAGCAUCGGCUAAGAAGAUUGUGAACAGAAAGGAUACAAAACCUCAAGCUAAAGUUGUUGCAGAAGCUUAGAAAUUCCAUUUGGACUGUAUUUCUUUUCCCUUCAUAACCCUUUUUUGACCCCAUCUACUUCUGAUAGAAAUCAUUUUUUUUCUUAAUCCCCUCGUCGUUAAAUAGCUAAAUAAUAAUGUCUACAUGAUUAGAAAUUCAGUUGAAAGAACAGCUUCGAUAUAUACCAGCAUUUGCUUUAAUGUUAGAAGCGAAGCAAUAAUUAGAGAA